UUCAAACUGUUAUUUUAUAUCAUUGUUAAACAAUGAUAUUUUGAUAAACUUUAAACACAGUACAGUACCCAUGCAUGAACAUAAUAGAACAUGUUCACACUUACAUUAUUUAAUAUUAUGAUAUUGACAUUGAUUCAACUAUCGAUGAUAUUUCGAUAAGUUGAGAACAUCGAUAUAGCGUCAGGUGUUAAUUUGGAGGUUAGAAUACACCACGUAAACAAAACUCUACAACGCUAUGUAAAAGCCACUGAAAGGUAAUUGUAUAUUAGCAAAAUGACAGACGAGAAAGCGCAAACUCAAGAGUUCAAAUUAGAUCCGGACUGCGAGUUGCGAUUCGAAGUUGAAAGCAAAAACGAAAAAGUCACGCUUGAGUUGAAAAAUGGUCUGGCAGAAGUCUUUGGUACGGAAUUAGUAAAAGGGAAGAAGUAUGAGUUCACAGCUGGGGCUAAAGUAGCUGUAUUUACAUGGCAAGGCUGUACAGUGGAACUGGUGGGUAAAACUGACGUUAGCUAUGUUGCUAAAGAGACUCCCAUGGGUCUUUACCUGAACUGUCACGCAGCAAUGGAAAGGCUCAGGGAAGCUGCGGAGAAAGAUGACACCAGAGGGCCAAUAACAAUGCUUGUAGGCCCUUGCGACGUUGGGAAAUCAACACUCUGUAGGCUUCUAUUGAACUAUGCAGUUAGAAUGGGCCGUAGGCCAAUUUUUGUAGACCUGGACGUUGGUCAAGGUCACAUAGCAAUACCUGGUACAGUUGGAGCUCUGUUGGUCGAACGUCCAUCCAACAUUGUAGAAGGUUUUAGCCAACAAGCACCGUUGGUCUUCCAUUUUGGACACAAGUCUCCGCAGACAAAUGUUGCCCUUUACAAUCUACUCGUAACACGGCUCGCAGAGGUCUGUUCAGACAGGCUUCAAGCUAACAAAAAAGCUAGAAUCUCUGGCAUCGUAAUAAACACUUGCGGGUGGAUCAAAGGGGCUGGGUAUAAACUCUUAACUCACGCUGCACAAGCUUUCGAAGUCGACGCGAUUAUGGUACUAGAUCAAGAGAGACUUUAUAACGAACUAGUUCGCGAUAUGCCAGACUUCGUGAAAGUUGUUUUUCUACCGAAAAGCGGGGGAGUCGUAGAGAGGAGUCAAGCACAGAGAAUAGAAGCCAGGGAUCAAGGUGUGAGGGAAUAUUUUUAUGGAUCUAGAACCCCGCUCUAUCCGCAUAGUUUCGAAGUUAAAUGGAGCGAAGCAAGGUUGUACAAAAUUGGAGCUCCGGUGUUACCUGCGUCCUGUAUGCCGCUUGGAAUGAAAGCAGAAGACAAUCUAACGAAAUUGGUAGCUGUUACGCCUGGACCAAAUCUUCUCCAUCACUUGUUAUCAGUUUCAUUCGCUGAUUCGCCGGAGGACGAUGUGGUGCAAACUAACGUUGCUGGAUUUGUCUGCGUGACCAACGUCGACGUGGAGAGGCAAACGUUUACAGUCUUAAGCCCGCAACCAAGACCAUUGCCAAAUACAGUUUUGCUACUCUCGGAUAUUCAAUUCAUGGACAGUCACUAACUCUUUUGUAUAAAAUUUAAUUAAGAUUCUAA